CUAGUAUAGGCGAGGUAGCUGCGAUCGUACUGGAACGGCACCGGAGGCGGAGACAGCUGCUGCUUGCUAGUAACCUUGUCCUCGUUGGUCUUGCUGGGGCUAGGACGUCAAGACAGCGUUUUCAGUGAUUGUCUAGUUUGGUACGAGCAGGCGUAAGCAUCGCGCCCAUUGUGGUUAGCUGCCGACAGAAGCAGACACCAUGAGCUACAACCGGGACAAGCUACCGAUGCGCAAGCUCGACAAAGACCCUAAUCUGGCAGCUGCAGAGAAGGAGGCAAUGCUCGGCAAGCCUGCUCAGCCGCCAUCCUUUUCCAUUGAGCCCGAGUCUCCAGAUGACAUCGACGACCUUACGCCCGUCAUGCCCAGCUACGUUGCGCCACCGGCAGAACCGGCUGCCGUGAAACGAGGCACAUCGUUCACAGACGAACUGAGGAAUGUGUUUACGGACGUAACUCGUGGUGACGACAACCCCCUCUUCAUACAGCUUAGCGAACUCAGGGAUGAUAAGCAUGGUGAACUACACUGGCGGGAAAUGACAAGAUGGAUUAAGUUUGAGGAAAAUGUAGAAAUCGACGCCAGUCGGUGGUCUAAGCCCCAUGUCUCCACCAUCUCCCUGCACGCACUGUUCGAGCUGCGAUACGUCCUACUCAAUGGUCCAGUCGUACUCGACGCAGACGUCAACUCCUACUCUGACGUCAUCGAUACGAUCAUGAACGCAUUACGAGAAGAUGGCAAACUGACGAGCGACAAAAUGGAGAGUGCGCUGAAUGAAGCUCUCACUCGCAAGUUCACUCAUCAGAUACACAAACGGCCGGCGAUGAACAAGCUAACAAAGGGUGACCCAAGCACUCGACGCCGCAAGGAAUCUGAUACUACGAAAGUCGACGAAGAUCAAUUGGACAUCCCUAUCCACUUUAAAACUGGAAGGCCCGACCACACAUCGACGACGACAUCGCCACAAAGGGUCUACAGUGAUCAUGACUUGCCACUAUACGGCAACGGCGAAACUGACCCCGCCGAGCUCUCAGAAGCUCGUGAUAACGUGGGGCCACUGCCAUCUAAGAGUACCAAGGCGCACAAUGCCUACAUGAUGAAGAAGAUCCCAAUUGGCUCCCAGGCAGCAAGCAUCCUACUAGGGGAGGUUGAUUUUGUUGAGCACAUGCUCAGUGUUUUCAUCCGUCUCAGUCCAGCCGUUGUGAUCCCACAAAUGGUGGAGGUGACGAUUCCAACUAGGUUUGUUUUUCUGCUUCUUGGACCAAAAGGAAUGCUAACCAAGUAUGAGCAGACAGGCCGUGCUCUGGGUACUCUGUUGACAGAUGAGGUUUUCCAUGCUGUUGCUUAUAAGGCGGGAAAGAGAGAGGAACUUCUAGCAGGUAUUGACGAAUUUCUCAGCAUGGCGACAGUGCUGCCACCCAGUAUUUGGGACCCAACCACACGAAUUGAGCCACCAGAGCAUCUUCCAGAAUUGAAACGCAAGCAACAGUUGCAAGAAGAUGUGAACGACUAUGAGAGAAUUGUUGGUGGUGGCAAUAUGCAUGAAGAUACUGGUUUAGAACGAACUGGGAGGUUUUGCGGUGGUUUGAUCAAGGACAUAAAACGCAAGGCAAAAUGGUAUUUAAGUGACUACAAGGAUGCGCUCGCACUGCAGGUGAUUCCAGCUUGUGUGUUCAUGUAUGUCGCCUCUCUCGCACCUCUCAUCACCUUUGGUGGUCUCCUGGAGGCAGAGACAAACCAGCAACAGGCUACCAUGGAAUGCAUUAUGGCAGGAGCUAUCGUUGGACUAAUCUUUGCAAUUUUUGCGGGCCAACCUCUGAUUAUAAUGAGUGCUACCGGGCCGAUGUUAGUGGUUGAAUCUAUAGUGUACCAGUUCAGCAAGUCUAACGGUCUUGACUACAUGCCGUUUCGUCUAUGGAUAGGUAUGUGGGCAGCGGUCAUAUUAGUAAUCCUGGUUGUCGUCGACGCAUCAGCUCUUGUGCAUCACAUCACGCGCUUCACGGAAGAGUGCUUCGCUGUGCUAAUAUCUCUGAUUUUCAUUUACGAGGCAUUCGUGAAAUUAAUCGACAGCUACGAGAAGGUGCCAAUAAAUCUUAAUCCAGAGCAUGAGUUGACAGCCAACGAGACAUACUGCGGGUGCCAACUUGUGAAUGAUGACAACAUCACCUUUGAACUUUCGAACCUCAAUGAUACAGAGGAGGAAUGUGGCGUAAUGAAUGGAACUCUAGUUGGACCAGGCUGUGGGCGACAUCCAUAUGUUGGAGAUGUGUUCCUUCUGUCAGUGAUUUUGUUCUUGGGCACCUUCAUUCUGGCCUUGGUAUUCAAGCACAUACGCAAUACCAACUUCUUUCCUACUAUGGUUCGAAAUCUAAUCUACGACUUUGCUCUGCCAAUGGCUAUCUUAGUGAUGUGUGGACUUGAUGCACUACUAGGACUGAAAACGCCAAAACUCACAGUUCCUGAAAAAUUUGCUCCUACCAGCCCUGAUCGAGGCUGGAUCAUUCCACUCAUGGCCAAUAACCCAUGGUGGGCUCCACUAGCUGCGAUAUUGCCAGCCAUGCUUUGUUGUAUUCUCAUCGUUAUGGACCAGCAAAUCACAGCAGUCAUCAUUAAUCGAAAAGAGAACCUACUGAAGAAAGGGUUUGGCUACCACCUGGAUCUCCUUGUGACAGCUGCUGGCAUCCUUAUUUCAUCCAUUCUUGGACUACCAUGGUUUGUUGCCAUGACGGUGCUGUCCAUAAACCACCUGCAGGCUCUCCGGUUUAGCUCUGAUGUUGCUGCACCUGGUGAGAAGCCAAAAUUCCUUGGAAUACGUGAAAACCGCGUGACAGCUAUAUUCGUCGCUGUAAUGAUCGGUGCUUCGGUAUUCCUCACCAAAUUGCUUGCAUACAUUCCCAUGUCAGUGUUGUUUGGCGUGUUCCUCUAUAUGGGAGUAGCCUCACUUGAUGCCGUCCAGUUCGUGGAUCGGCUGUUGAUACUGUUCAUACCAACAAAGUAUCAGCCGGACUACAUCUACCUGCGACAUCUGAAAUUGAGACGUGUCCACAUCUACACAUUCAUCCAAGUAUUAUGCAUGAUUGUCAUGUGGAUACUCAAGUCUAACCGCAGCGCCUCCAUUGGAUUCCCAGUCAUGAUUCUGGCACUCGUCAUUGUGAGGAAACUUUUAAAGUACCUCUUUACUGAUUUUGAGCUGGUCUACUUGGAUGGCGACACUCCAGAAGAGAUUGUGAAAGCACGUGAGGACCUUGAACACAAACACAAGGAGGCGCAUGAGGGGCACAACCUUAUCAAGGUGAACGGCCAGACGAUUCACGCGAGACCUAGGCGUGGCACAUUCGCAGAAGUAGCUUUUGUUGAUCAGUUGCACAAAUCCGGCACGUGGCUUUCCAUAAACGACCAGCACAAUGGUCAUCACCAGAAUGGCGAUCCUUCUGCGAACUCCAGUGACAUUCCGCAAGAUUCUGCACCUAUGAAGAGGCAGGAAGGUGAUAUUACCGAGACGAACCAUCUCCUGUAAUAACACCAUCAACUGCAGUUCGAUCCACUACUUUUGUAGGUAAAUAUGGUGGAAAGUCUUGAUCGUGACGUAAAAUAAAAUGCAAUGUCUGUUGUUACCGCGGUUUGCAAUUAAAUUUGAUCUAAAGCUAUUAGUUAAGAGGUGCCGCCACCUGAUGAUGCAUGGAAAUUCAAAAAGUGUCUAGAUUAUGUUCGGAGAUCAGUGCGCCAGAGAAUCAUUAUCCCCUAUGCUACAAAGUAUUCACUGAAAGGGAGAACGAAUACUGUGGUGACAUUUUUAUGGAGCUUAUACAAUCCAUGAAGCUCGUAUCAAUUUACAAUAAAAAAGGUAGUCGGUCUCUUGUUGGGCACAUUUUUUAUGCUACCAGGUAACAGAUUCUAAAUGAUUUUGCUGUCAGAAUAUCAACAGAGUUGUUAUUGUCCUAAUAUCAGUCUAAUAUUAGUAUACAAACAACAAUGAAUUGUGGAAGUCUAUUGUACUGUUCUUGCACCCUAGUUUCAUGGCAAGAUUUUCUUUUUAUAUGGUGUAAGUGUGCUGCAUAACCAUGAUAUUGCUGAAAUUGAAGUGGUGAAAACAGCGUUGAUAAUACAACAACUAAUGUCAGUACAGGGCUCAAGGCAUAUCACUUGCUCAAUUUUAAAUAUGAUUAGUAUAGUUGUUUGUGGUUAAAUAAUACAACUAUACACAUAAAUAGCAAGUAUAAAAGUAACAAUGUUGACUAUAUAUAUGAUGGGUGAUGUGCUUGUGAUACUUCCAAGUUUAUACUGGAAACUUCUUUAAAUUGUGGCUGUGUAAAAAUUCUAUACAAGUUGACAUAUCUACCCACGGUGCGUAUAAUAGUUAUAACUUGCGUUUAUACUGGCUGUUUAUGCUGUUAAAUUGCGCAGAUGCAUUCACAUUGCUAUAUAAUAGUGAUGUAGUGCCUUGUAUAUAAAUUUGUAACCGUGGGAUGAUUGAGCUUAUAUUAGAAAUUGUAGUUCCCUCUAUGCAAUCGUGCUGUGAUAAAAAUAGAGCAGGCUAACGUGAUGGACACAGAAUGGUUGACAGUUACACGUUCUGUUCGUAAAACGAGUUUUACGUUAACAGUUUAAUGAACGAUAAUUGCAGAUAUCAGGUCAACAAUAUGGUGUUUAACAGGGAUACACACACGCACAUAAUAUAUAAGUGUGUGCGAGAUAGAGGGAGAGAGGUAGAAAUCGAUAAAGCCAGCUAGUGUAUAAUUUCUUGUUAUGGUGUGAUAUGAGAUGAGUGAUGUGAUCUUUCUUUAACGCAUUUUUUGUUAAGUGGUUUGAGGGCUGGUCUAGUCGUUAAAUUAUAUUGUUUAACUUCCCAAGCUAGUGCCAACACUUGGACAGUUAACCCCUGCCCUAGUCCCUGCCCUAAAAUACUGUGUUUCAUUGCGAAUACCGAACGGUUGUGGUCGGACAAUUCUGGAACGGAAUGUUUCAUGUGAAGUAGACAUGUAGUCGCGCACGUGAUCGGGUGGAGGUGUAUAUUGAAGCUUAAGAUAACUUUGUGUUCAUAACGGUCUCGAGCGAAUUGUUACAUAACUUGUGCAGUAGAGUCGCUUAUUUUGUGUGUUCAUCUUGUUUUAUUAUCUAGAUUUUAGUUAUAGAAUUUAUAUUUUAGUCGAAAGUGUGUUGUGUAAGUUCAUUACAGCUAGUAAGAUUAUUGAUGAAGGAUUUGUAAAGAAAAAAAAUUCAAUGCGUUAAUAAUCACGCAUGUGACAUGGUAUUUGACAUUCGGCGUUUUACAUUAGUUGUUGCAUUGGAUGAUGUUAUUAUAGUUGUUGUUAUUUUCCAGUUUUUUUGUCGUAAUUUAACACAGGAAGAAAGCUGGGUCGGUGAGGGUAACUGCCGGGCCAACUGGCGUAGGCCUACUUGUGAGCAAUAUGCUGAUGUGUUAUAGCAAUGUUUCUUCUGCUCCAACAUAUGCAAAGAGUUUCUAGGCAUAAUACAGAUACAGAUACAGUAAUACGUAAUACAGUAAUACGUCAUACAACGCUAUGACUAUGUUACGGGGAAAGCGCUUUAUGAAACAAUGUUAUAGAAGCUGAUUGUAAUGGAGAUGUGUUGUCAUUUUCACUAUGAGAGAUGUAAAAGCGUAAUUAAAUUUGGGUAUUAGUAAUAGCACGAAUAUCCUGCUAAUAUCAGUGAUACUGUACACGUGAAAAAUAUAUUAAUGAUGUUAUAAUGAACAGUUACGUUUUAAAGAUAAUGACAUAAUUUUAUUUUUUUAUGUAGUAAGUACUCACCCGGUGCACCAGGUCUGUGGCGUAGUUAACCACACAAUUGGCAGCUAUCAUUGGCACAGUGCAAAUUACUGCAGUUUUCUGAACGCAGCAAUAAACAGCUUUUAUAGAAAAUUAAAAAACUUACAUCUGUAAGGUUAAGUGCGCUGUAACGAAACCGCGUUAUAAGAAGCCGUAUCAGAUGAGGUAUUACUGGAUCACUGUAAGGCGUGCACAGUAUUCAUGCUGAAUUGGCUGCCAGUGAAUUUUGUUGAGCUUCUCAAUUUGUUUAUACAGGUUCAUACAUAUACGUCAGUGUGUUGAUAUCUGCGUCAAUGCCACCGUUACAGAUAUAAAGUUGAUUUUUUGCAAUAUGAUAAAAAUAUAGCCACUAUGAAUACUGUUUAUUCUUACAGGGGACCACCUUAUCGUUCCAGUUGUGGCAAAUAUGUUGUUUGUGCAUGCGUGCGUGCGUGCGUGCGUUCGUGCGUGCGUGCGCGCAUGUGUGUGUGCGCACAUGUUUGUGUGUGCGCGUCUUGCUUGCGUGCAAGCGAGCGCGCGUGUGUAUGUUUGUAUGGGUGCGUGUGUAUUUAAGUACAAAAAAUCGUGUUUUUCUGGCAGUUAAAUGUAUUGGUGAUACACAUAGUACACUAAUAAUACGAAAAACGGAAACUGAUGUUUUAUGUAUAACGAUUAUUACUUACUAAAAAAACAUUUGCUAAUGAAAUACUAGGACAGCGACUUAAACAGCGAAUAAAAUUUUCAUAAUCUAAAAUAAUUUA